AUGACACAGACACAUAAGACUUAUCAUCGUCAACAACGUGGUUCUCCCCGAAGACAGACAUCGUCAUCACCUAACGAAACAUAUCAAAUGAUUGUGUUAAGUGGAGGAAAAGUUUAUGGCAUUCUCCCAGAUCCAGCAAACAACAAUAAUUCACAUACUUCUGAACCUCGAUUCGUGGAUGUUGUCGUAGCUGGUACGAAAAUUUUAACGUUGUUAGAACCGUCAAAGACACAUUCAUUUAUCGACGGUCUUCGUAGUAACAGUAUUAAAGUCUUAAGAAUUAAUGUUGAAAAUCAAAUUAUUAUGCCGGGAUUAAUUGACGUCCAUGUACAUGCUAUCGGUGGGGGAGGGGAACAAGGUCCAUAUUCAAGGACACCCGAAAGUCGUUUAUCGCAGCUCAUAUCAGCUGGACUUACAACCAUUGUUGGCAUACUUGGAACAGAUGGUAUUACCCGAAGCCUCUUGUCGUUGUUACAAAAACUGAAAAGUCUUGAAUAUGAUGGUCUUUCAACAUUUAUGUGGACAGGUAGUUAUCGGAUGCCAAUUGUAACAGUGACUGGUUCACUUCACAGUGAUUUGUUACUCGUUGACAAAGUCAUUGGUGCUGGUGAAAUAGCAUUAAGUGAUCAUCGAAGUAGUUGGCCAAAUUUCGAUGAGCUUGUCCACUUAAUCAGUGAUGCAAGAGUCAGUGGAAUGUUGAGCGGGAAAGCGGGUGUCAUUCACUUUCAUUUGGGUUCAUCUCCAUCGAGACUUGAUUUACUUUGGAAAAUACUGAAUGAAACAACAAUUCCCAUAAGACAAAUGUAUUUGACACAUAUGGCAUCGAGAGGAGAGCUGUUGAUUGAUGAAGCUAAACGAUGGUUAAAACAAGGAGGAGUGUGCGAUUUUACAGCUGAUUCCGAUGAACAAAAUGAAACAGCCACAAUUGAUACGUUGAACACAUUCAGAAAUCAAAAGCUCCCUCUCUCCCAGAUAACUGUUUCAUCCGAUGCUUAUGGGUCAUUACCGGAAUAUGAUAGAGAAGGACGUUUAAUUUCGUAUGGUAUGAGUUUGCCCGUUUUCACAUUGAAAACAAUCCAAAAUUUAGUUUUAAAAUAUCAAUGGCCAAUUGAAGAAGCAAUACAAUUUUCAACUGCUAACCCAGCCAAGUAUUUGAAUUUUAACAAAAAAGGUUUCAUUGCGAUUGACUAUGAUGCUGAUAUUCUAAUUUUAAAUCAAACAGAUUUAACACCAUUGUAUGUUCUCGGCAAAGGACAGAUAUUGAAAACACCAACAUGGAUUAAACGGGAUAUGUUCGAACACAUUAGUUAG